AUGGAGGGCGAUGCAUCAGGCAAGAACGUCGCCUUUACGCUGCAGGACAAUGAGGCCUCCAUCGUAUACAUCGGCAAAAUGGACUGCAAUUCGCGGGACACGAACUUCGCCUUCAUGACAUGCUCUGGCAGUGCACUGUGCUGCAGAACCAUGUGGGCGGAAAUCUUCGGUGAUGACGUAUAUCUUCAAAUCUGGGAGCGCUUGUGGCCAAAGAAAAAGAGCCGGACGAGUGGCAAUGUCUUUCCCUGCGGGAGCUACGGAGAGCCUGGUCGCCCAACUACCGGAGGACCCUUCUGCCCUGGCCUCACUGUUCUGCUGGAGCUGGCAGCAUCUGGCAGAACCUGGCAACCCCUGCAAUGCGGCCAUGUGAAGCCGGCCCUUGCAGUGAUGGGAAGGCCGUGGAUCAACGACGCAAGUGCGUUGGACUAG